ACAGCCUACAUUUUAGCAUUAAAAUACCAGAUUAUCCGUGUUUUAAUUCAGGUUUUCUUGUAUGUUAUUUUUGCAGAGUGAAUACAGUCGGAUAAAAGUAGCUGUGGACUUGUACCGGCAGAGGGGUGGGCGGUGAAAGCGGUUGAUUGAUGAUUAGAUUUACGGUGUGGAUCACCGAGAGAGGAUGACUCAUCCCCGUGUGAUGUGAUGUUCACCCCGCAACAGCUCGGCAGUGCGUUGGAACGCCGGUAGUUCAGCUUGACAUAUCGUGGUAGCUGCACCAAUAAAAGUUGAGCAAACUGUUAAUAUGCUUUUAGACGGCCCUAUGAUACCUAGUUUGCCUCAAACUUAACUGGCUGUCACUUGAGACCGAGCGUCGUGCUUAACCGUACAUUUCGUGACGCCUGAUUGCCAUGGAAACAGUGGUGCGCUGAGGGGAAACUGUCCGUGUUAACUUCAGCACCAACCUUUCAGAGGGGUCGGAUAAACCUGUUGGAUAUCUCUGUGUUUUUGUGUUGUCCUUCUAUUGCUACUCUGGCUUUACUUUCUAUUUUAAUUUGGCAACGAAACAGACCUCUAUUUCACAGGUGAAGAUGAUGGAGAUUCAAACCGAGAAGAGGUUCCACAACUUGACCCUUGAGCAAAUCCAAGCUCUGGACAAAGUUUUGACUGAGGUUAUCCCCAUCCACGGACGAGGAAAUUUCCCCACACUGCAGGUGAGAGCGAAAGACAUCAUCCGUGUGGUUAAGGAUCGGCUGUUGGAAAGAGACAUCCAGGUGAAAGACAUACGGCUCAACGGCGCGACGGCCAGCUACGUCCUGGUGAGGGAUAACUGCCUCGGCUACCGAGAUUUGGACAUCAUUUUUGGAGUGGAGCUGCCCAGGCAGGAGGACCUCCAGGUGAUAAGGGAGGUGGUGCUUGGCAGCCUACGAGACCUCCUCCCCUGUGGAGUCAACAGACGGAAGAUCACAUGCUUGACGAUGAAGGAGGCCUACGUGCAAAAGAUGGUGAAAGUUUUCAACGAGCAUGACAGAUGGAGCCUAAUCUCGCUUUCAAACAAUAGAUCUAAAACCGUCGGCCUCCGCUUCGUCAGCUCCCUUCGAAGACAGUUCGAGUUCAGCGUGGACUCCUUCCAGAUAAUAUUAGACCGCAUGCUGGAGUCUUACUGGGAGACUGAAAGGAAACAAGUAGGGAAGUUGGCUUUGAAUGCUGGGAAUUUGUCAAAAAGACACAAUGAGGAUGAAAAGCAAAAGCAAGAGCAAUCAAGGGUUCCUCCGGAUGUUGAACCUGAUGUUGGAAAAGACUCCAAUAGAGAAAGCCAAUGUCAGGAUGAAACCAUUCCGGUGCUUGAGGAAGAGCUUCCAGGUGCAAAGGUUGACCAUGUGGUUGAAAAGCAGCAGGAGUUGCCGGAAUGCACAAGCGUUAACUUAAAGCAGGAAGAAGUGGAUGGGAUCGAAGACGUUCAUUCGGCAGAAGAAAUAGUGUUUGAGAUAUGUGAGGACAAAGGAGAAGAGAAAGGACAGUGUCACAGUGAUUAUCCUUUACUUUCAGCCCCUAAAACGUUAUUAACAGAUGCCAGUGAUCCGCUGAUGACACAUGUAUGUUUGAAUCUGCAGAGAUAUGAAGAGCUGUCUGAGUCACAAGUUCCUCCAUCAGCAGAAGACUCAGCUCCGCAGGAAGUCCAUUGCUGGGAAACUGCUCAGUUCAAAGUCGACUCUGUGAUCUGCAGGAAUGAGAACUCCCCACAAGAUUCACGUCUUGAAUUUUCCUUUCCUCCUCCCGCUAAGAAAACUUGCAGCACAUCACAGAAUAUUGUACCGGACUAUUGCCCUUCACCAAAAUUACAAAGGAAAAUGUCACGGAAGUUGAUCAGUAAGCCAGAGAAUUGGUCUUUACUGACUGAGUUGUCAGAUCUUACAACUCCGCUGUUUCCACCAAUAGAGAUACCCAAACCUCUUCAGCGAAAGCCUUCUUUGCUGGACAGUGCUCAAGUUCAUGGUUCAAAUGUUCUGAUCUCCAAGUCAGAGGCUUCAGAGAACCUCACAGCUCCCACAGGCAGUCCAGCUAGUACACUUCAGAAUGGGACUGGCUCCAAUGAAACUGUGGAACAAACUGUCAAGCCAAAACACUCAAGGAAGCCUCCUGAUUUAGAGACUCAAAGCCACACAUAUGCACAGCCUCAGAUCAGUGAUCAGACCCCAGACGCUGCGCAGAACAGGUGCGGGGCGAGUUCAUGGGUCGGGGCAGCCGGGGAGCCUACUAUCACUGUCGAAGCGGAGUGCAUGUAUGGAGACUUUGACCAGGCGAUGGACCACCUCCGCCUACGCCUCAUCGCCACCCACAACCCAGAGGAGAUCCGAGGAGGGGGCCUGCUGAAAUACAGUGAUCUGCUGGUGAGGAACUUCCGUCCAGCCAGCGAGACGGAGAUCAAGUCCUUGGAGCGAUACAUGUGCUCCCGCUUCUUCAUUGACUUUCCCGACGUAGGCGAGCAGCAGCGAAAGAUCGAGGCCUACCUGCAAUGCCAUUUCAUAGGCAACGAGGAGACGAGCAAGUACGAUUACCUGAUGACCCUGCGGCGCGUUAUAGACCAGAGCACAGUGUGUUUGAUGGGACACGAGAGGAGGCAGACGCUUAAUAUGAUCACAGUUCUGGCUCUCAGAGUGCUUGGCGAACAGAACGCCAUUCCCAACACGGCCAACGUCACCUGCUUCUACCAGCCGGCACCGUACAUGGCCGAGCCGAUUUACAGCAGCUACUUCAUCACCCAGGCUCAGCCUCCCCUCGUCUACCACCCCUACCCUCUACAAGUGCACAUGCAGACCGGGCUGGUGUAGCGACAGUGACAUGCCCACAGAGAGGCAUUGAGGCUGCUUUCAGAAUGGUGCUCCGCAAGCAGAGGCACAAAUGGAAGUUUUAUCAACAACAGGCAACCACGGCACAGUGUUGUUUGAUGCUUUAAACACCUCCUGAUUAUGACAUGGAAGGUCAGAACUGAAAGGGGUCUGGAGACAAAGCAAGGCACCCUUUCAAGAUGAACACUUUUAAAGAGCAAAGAAGCACCAAGAGCCCCAUUUUAGGGAGCUCCUGGAGAGGAUCUAACUGAAGUGGAGGGACUUUGUUCUUUGCUGUGUCAGCUCAGCUUUGGCUCUUUGGUCCCCGUCCCCUGUUGAGGAGAAUGUUGUAAUGUGACGAAUCUCAAUGGUUUAAAGAUACACAUUUGCAACAUAUAAGAACAUAAUACUUGUUGGCUACAAAGCAUUGAUGAAGUUAAAGUUUGAAUAAUGAUAAAUCUUUAACAUUUUUUUGAGGGUUAAAAAAACCUUUGUAGUUGGUUUUGUGAAUCAUCAGUAUCUGUGGAGUGAAUUCAGAUUGUACCUGUGUAUUCACUGUAGAGUAAAAUAACAUAAUUUACCUAGGGAAUACAUUAGAAACAAAUGCUGUGAUAUUUGUAUGAUAGUAUAAGUUAUAUAUAUGUGAAUGUUAACAGCUCAUUUCAAAGGUGGAAACAGGAGAUCGAAUGCUUGGUUCCAUUAGGGCUGUAUGGAAAUGUUUGAUCUAAGAGAUUUUGCUUUAAACGUUGAUACAUUUUGAUUGGUUUAAAAAAAAACGUCAAGAAUCCAAGUGGCAAUGACGAAAAUGAAUCUUUGAAACAAGGUUCAAAAUUGGCUGAAAAAUGUGUUCUUGGUCUCCAUCUCUCAUAAUGAUAAGAUACUAAUAUUGGGGGCCUUUUUUCUUUGAACAUUAAAAAGCUUCUUGAUGCAGAGAAAAGCUUCAUUAUUUUCAACAGCCACUUCAAAUAUUAAAACCAAACGUUAUUGUGGGGUGUUGGAUCGUGCUUUGCAUUGCUAAAUUGAAUUGACCAUUAUCAAAUCUAUUCAAGUUUUCUUUCUACUUAAAAUCCAGAUAGCAUGUCAAAUUCUGCUUUUCCUCGUCAACAGGCUGAACAUACGUUUUGUGUGAAUUACUUGGUGACUGUUGUUUAUUCUUAUUGACGUUAAUAAGUGUUUUGCAGGGUUUUGCCUGCUGAUGUUUCCGCACAUUUGAAUUAUUCCAGCAGUUAUUGCACUCUGUCAUGGUGUGUUUGUCCACUGUGUUUGCAUACAGUACAUAUACUCAGUACUUUUUCACAAGAGGAAGGAAAGUAGGUGAAAGUACAGGUAAGGAUAUGUGACUGUAGCACAAUGUAAAUGCACCUAGCUGUUUUUGAGUAAUGAAUGUGUUUAUGACCAGCUCGCGAACCCACGAUUAAUUUUUGAAAACGUCUAAAACACUGUGUGCUGUAGUGUAGCUUUGAAGUAACGUAUCUAUCUGGAGAAUUUGGGUGUAUUGUGUAUCGUUACGACAGGUUCAUAAGUAGAACAGUUCAAGUAUUCCUGUUAUGAUGUGUAGUUGCGCAGAUUGUUGUGUUUUUGUGGUAAUAAAUACCCCAAAAGAU